AACUUUCAAAUUCGAUUAUUGUUUUUAUUAUGCGCCUUCUUUGUUUUUGUUUGUUGAGAAAGUGCAAUCUGUGCUAACAAACUCGGUCUCAUUUCAUGGCAACACCAGUGGUAGACAAAGAGUACCUCAAGGAAAUCGAAAAGGCACUUCGAGACCUUCGUGCUCUCAUCUCCAGCAAGGGCUGCGCUCCUAUCAUGCUCCGCCUAGCUUGGCAUAGUGCUGGAACCUAUGAUGCCAAAACGAAGACUGGAGGUCCUAAUGGCUCAAUCCGGAAUCUGGAGGAGUUGAAACACACUGCAAAUGCUGGUUUGGAAAAUGCUGUUAAAUUUUGUGAGGAAGUGAAGGCUAAACAUCCUAAAAUCACGUAUGCUGACUUAUACCAGCUUGCUGGUGUUGUUGCAGUUGAGGUCACUGGAGGUCCUUCUAUCGACUUUGUUCCAGGCAGAAAGGAUUCGAUGGAAUCUCCUGAAGAAGGGCGCCUUCCAGAUGCAAAACAAGGUGCAAAGCAUUUGAGGGACGUCUUUUAUCGCAUGGGUCUUUCUGACAAGGACAUCGUGGCAUUAUCUGGAGGCCACACAUUGGGAAAGGCACAUAAGGAGAGAUCAGGAUUUGAAAGUCUACCUUGGACAAAUGAUCCUUUGAAGUUUGAUAACUCAUACUUUGUGGAGCUACUAAAAGGGGAUUCAAAGAGAUUAUUGAAACUUCCCACAGACAAGGUUUUAGUUGAGGAUCCUGAGUUCCGCCGCUAUGUUGAGCUAUAUGCAGAGGAUGAGGAUGCUUUCUUCACAGAUUAUGCGGUAUCACAUAAGAAGCUUUCCGAGCUGGGCUUCAAUCCACCUUCCUUGGGAGCUGCUAAGAGCAGUGCUAGAAUUGUAGUUGCACUUGCUGCAGUUGUGGUGUUAUUCAGUUACCUUUUCGAUAUUUACAGAAAAAGUCAAGUGAACAAGACUCAACUUGAAUAGAAUUUCUACACAAAAUCAGUAUAUUCAAGUAAUAAGUCACAUUUCAACCCAAUCAGCAGUCGAUUUGUUAUUCAAAAAGAAGAAUAUUCGGAUAUAAUAAUAUUUAUAUGUUUAAUU